CGGCGCGCGAGGUGCCGCGUGAGGCCGGCUUUGCCCCUCCUUCCCGGCAAGAGCGACGAUCAACGGUUCUUGCGCCUGCGCCCUGCGCCGCUGCGCGCUUAGGCACCAGCUCGGGGCCCUUUGUGCGCAUGCGCGCUCGCGCUCCCGCCCUGUCCCUGCGCUCGGCUGAGUCAGUCAGUCAGUCGGAGUCUGUCCUCGGAGCAGGCGGAGUAAAGGGACUUGCGCGAGCCAGUUGCCGGAUUAUUCUAUUUCCCCUCCCUCUCUCCCGCCCCGUAUCUCUCUUCACCCUUCUCCCACCCUCGCUCGCGUAGCUAUGGCGGAGCCAUCGGCGGCCACUCAGUCCCCUUCCAUCUCCUCGUCGUCCUCCGGAGCCGAGCCGUCCGCGCCCGGCGGCAGCGGGAGCCCAGGAGCCUGCCCCGCCCUGGGGACGAAGAGCUGCAGCUCCUCCUGUGCGGUGCACGAUCUGAUUUUCUGGAGAGAUGUGAAGAAGACUGGGUUUGUCUUUGGCACCACGCUGAUCAUGCUGCUUUCCCUGGCAGCUUUCAGUGUCAUCAGUGUGGUUUCUUACCUCAUCCUGGCUCUUCUCUCUGUCACCAUCAGCUUCAGGAUCUACAAGUCCGUCAUCCAAGCUGUACAGAAGUCAGAAGAAGGCCAUCCAUUCAAAGCCUACCUGGAUGUAGACAUUACUCUGUCCUCGGAAGCUUUCCAUAAUUACAUGAAUGCUGCCAUGGUGCACAUCAACAGGGCCCUGAAACUCAUUAUUCGUCUCUUUCUGGUAGAAGAUCUGGUUGACUCCUUGAAGCUGGCUGUCUUCAUGUGGCUGAUGACCUAUGUUGGUGCUGUUUUUAACGGAAUCACCCUUCUAAUUCUUGCUGAACUGCUCGUUUUCAGUGUCCCAAUUGUCUAUGAGAAGUACAAGACCCAGAUUGAUCACUAUGUUGGCAUCGCCCGAGAUCAGACCAAGUCAAUUGUUGAAAAGAUCCAAGCAAAACUCCCUGGAAUCGCCAAAAAAAAGGCAGAAUAACUACAUGGAAACCAGAAAUGCAACAGUUACUAAAACACCAUUUAAUAGUUAUAAUGUCGUUACUUGUACUAUGAAGGAACAUACUCAGUGUCAGCUUGAGCCUGCAUUCCAAGCUUUUUUUUUUAAUUUGGUGUUUUCUCCCAUCCUUUCCCUUUAACCCUCAAUAUCAAGCACAAAAAUUGAUGGACUGAAAAAGAACUAUCUUAGAACUCAGAAGAAUAAAGAAAGAAUCAAAUUCAUAGGAUAAGUCAAUACCUUAAUGGUGGUGGAGCCUUUAUCUGUAGCUUGAAAGGGGAAGAUUGGACGUAAAAGAGAAAAUGAAAGAUAGAACACCUCUGGAUCCUUCUAACCAGUUUUCAGCACUAGUCUUACUCAGCUAUCCAUUAUAGUUUUACCCUUAAGAAGUAUGAUUAACUUAUGAAAAAAUUAUUUGGGGACAGGAGUGUAAUAUCUUCCUUGGUUUUUUUAUUUUUAUUUUUUGCAGCUCUCAAAUCCUAUCUUCCUGCCCCACAAUGUGAGCAGCUACUCCUGGUAUUCCUUUUCUUUAAUGAUUUAACUUUCAACUUGAUGAAUAACUUAUAGGUGAUAGUGAUAAUUCCUGAUUCCGAGAAUGCCAUCUGAUAAAAAAGAAUAGAAAUGGAAAGUGGGACUGAGAGGGAGUCAACGGGAAUGCUGCGGUGGCCGCCACUCCCUCUGCCACUAUCCCCAGGGAAGGAAAGACUCUGCCAUUUGGGAAAGUGGUUUCUAUGUCACUGGACACCAGUUCUGAGCAUUAGUUUGAGAACUCAUUCCUGAAUGUGCUUUCCUCCCUCUCCCCUGCCCACCUCACCUUAAGUUUAAUAAAUAUGGUUGUACUUUUCUUAUGAUAAAAUAAAUGUCUGUAACUGCUGUACACUGCUGUAAACUUGUUAGAGAAAAAAAUAACCUGCAUGUGGGCUCCUCAGUUAUUGAGUUAUUGUGAUCCUAUCUCAGUAUGUGGGGGGAACAUUCUCAAGAGGUGAAAUACAGAAAGCCUUUUUUUCUUGAUCUUUUCCCAAUUCUUCUCUUGAUCUUUUCCCGAGAUUCAAAUUUCCGAUUCCCAUUUGAGAGUUUUUUUCUUCACCUUCAACAUGAAAAUUCAGCGAACUUGAAAGAAAAAUCAUCUGUGAGUUCCUUCAGGUUCUCACUCAUAGCCAUGAUCGUUCAGAGGGAAUAUGCACUGGUGAGUUUAAAGGACUAUGAUAUUUGAUAGUCCCAAAGUAUGGCAGCUGCAAAAAGUAGUGGAAGGAAAUUGUCUUUCCACGUUUUGGAAAAAUUAGUUAGGAAUUUGGAUGGGUAAAAGGUACCCUUGCCUUACUCUGUCUUAUUUUCUUAGCCCCCUUUUAACUGGUUUCAUGUCCUAGUAGGAGGUGCAUUCUCCAUCCUCAUCCUCUGCCCUCCCAGGAAGUCAGUGAUUGUCUUUUUGGGCUUCCCCUCCAAAAGACCUUCUGCAGUGGAAGCGCCACAUCCAGUUUUUCUUUUGUUGCUGCUGUGUUUAGAUAAUUGAAGAGAUCUUUGUGCCACACAGGAUUUUUUUUUUUUUUUUUUAAGAAAAACCUAUAGAUGAAAAAUUACUAAUGAAACCCUGUGUACGUGUCUGUGCGUGCAACAUAAAUACAGUAGCACCUAAGGAGCUUGAAUCUUGGUUCCUGUAAAAUUGCAAAUUGAUGUGGUAUUAAUAAAAAAAAA